AGUCCGCACUCCGCAGUAUUUGACUAACGAUCACGUCGGUCGCACGUUGUCAACUUUCUGGCAGAUGAUAAGCGUCUGUGUAAUUCCUACAUGACGCCUUCCGGACUGUUCAAGUUGUUUGUGUAAAUAAACAAAAGAACUGCGUUUGCUGACUCACCGCAAUGAAAUAAGGUUGAAAGCUGCAUUAAUUUCUGUUGAGAGACCAGGACGACGUUUGUUUUAUUUCAACAACAUGAUCUUCAGUGCGUGUGCAAAGUGUUUGUGAUUAUCAAUGACAAGUUAAAGUUCUAGAUGAUGAAGCGCGCUUAAUCGGCAACAGUUCGGUACCUUGACUGAUAUGAACUCUGACGUGCACCGUCAUCAGGCGCAUCCGCCGUUAUCUCAGCACGGCGUGCACCCCGGCGGUCAGGGCGUGGGCCCCUGCGGGUGGUACUCGGCGUCAGCUGCGCCGCCCACCGCGCCCGCGAGGGUCAAGCGUGCUCAGCCGCCGCAUCAACUACCGUCUGGAGGCGGUGUCGGCAAUAAUGGUCCCCACGCUCCUCUAUCGCCCACCGCUUUGCAGAAUUCCAUUCAACAUAAUAAUGUGAUGUCGUCAUCCGUGCGUGCGCCCGCGCCGGUUGGCCCCGCCCCUUCGGUGAUGCACACGUCGCAGACCGGUGUGCUCCCAAAAGGCCCAAGCGAUGUUUUGGUGAACACGUCAAAUCAGAAUCCUCCGCCAGCAGCAAACCGCCUCAUCAAUAUGACGCAAUAUCCAUGGCACCACGGCGCGAUAUCCCGCGAGCGCGCGGAGGCGUUGCUCUCGGGAUCGCCAGAUGGCGUAUUCCUGGUGCGCGAGAGUACUAACUUUCCCGGAGAUCAUACACUCUGCGUACGUUUCAGAGGACGAGUGGAACAUUACAGAGUAAAAUGGGCAACAGUACCAGAUAGUCAAAACCAACGGCUGACAAUUGAUGAUGAAGAGUUCUUCGAUAACAUGACGGAUCUCAUACAUCAUUACCUGAAAGACGCUGAUGGGUUAUGCACAAAGCUAGUCCGCUGUCUGCCAAAAGCAUCUCCGAAUGGUGCCAACAAUAACAAUGUCAUGCAACCCUUCUCACCGCUGCCUGCACAACCGCCGCCAUACCCAGCUACGCCGAGCGUGUCCCACGCCUUGAGCUCGGGCCAUUUCCCGCACGCCUACAACACCCAAGUGCCCAUCGACCAGCCUGACGGAAUCAUUCCGCCCCAGAAGUUUGUCGAUGCCCGCUGGAUAAUAGCAGAACGCGAUUUGGAGAUUCGUGAAAAUAUCGGCAAAGGUGAAUUUGGUGAUGUGAUGCUGGGCAUCCUAAACGGUACACAGAAGGUCGCUGUCAAGAUUCUGAAAGAUAAAGAGGCAGCCAGCAAAUUCCGCGCAGAAGCCAGUGUUAUGGCGUCCCUUAAGCACGAGAAUCUAGUCCGUCUGCUGGGCUGCGUGGUGUUCGGCUCGAACGGCAGCACUUGCAUCGUGACUGAGCAUUGUGCGCAGGGCUCACUUCUCGAUUACUUGCGCAGUCGCGGACGGCAUUACGUCACGCAAAGGGAUCAGAUUGAUUUUGCAUAUGAUGCCUGUUGCGGCAUGGAGUAUCUGGAACGCCAACGAGUGGUCCACCGCGACUUGGCAGCACGUAACGUGCUCAUAUCUCAAGAGGGAACCGCUAAAGUCGCGGACUUUGGCCUCGCACGUAGUGAUGCGACGCCCGACGACCCGGCGGAUGCGUUGAGAGUACAGGCGAAGCUGCCCAUUAAAUGGACUGCGCCAGAGGCCCUCAAGUAUAAUAAAUUUUCCAACAAGUCUGAUAUGUGGAGUUUUGGUAUUCUUCUGUGGGAGAUAUAUUCAUUUGGGAGAGUGCCAUAUCCUCGAAUACCGCUGGCCGAGGUGGUGCGUCAUGUGGAGCGCGGGUAUCGCAUGGAGGCCCCCGAGGGGUGCCCGGGGGGACCUUACGAAGUGAUGCGAGCUGCGUGGCACGCCGACCCCACUCAUAGACCCACCUUCGCGCAGACGCGUCUACGCCUCGCUUCAAUUAGGGACGCUGCGCAUGCGCACCAGUGAAUAAGAAACAGCAAGAUUAUAAAGGUUUCAACAUAGAAAAAAAUGUACAAGUUAAAAUGAGGGCGCUGUGAAGAUGGUAACUGUAUUUUAUAUAAUUAUUAAUGAUCUAAAUAAGUACUAAAUUAUUUUUUUAAUUUUACUUUAGACCUCGUAAAUAGCCGAUCUAACCGACUGGUGUGAUUAUCCGGGGCUUUUAGUAAAGAUCUCGUGCUAUUUCAUUCACUUUUUUUAACAAAAACCAAGGAGUGCAAAUUAUUUUGAUAUGCAUCUAAUAUAUUAAACAUAUAAAUACAGUCUAUACAAUAUUCACUAAUAAUUAAGAUAAUAUAAUACGCACUAAAAGCCCAUUAUUUUCGAAGGCCUAAAUUUAUUCUUGGAUAUUCUUGUACAUAAGUCUGGGCGCAUACACUAUCACCUUAUUCAUAAAAAAAUAAUUGGCAAAUUUUAUGAAAUUUCUCUUUUGUCUCUUUGUAUGAAAUGGUGUUUACGCCGUGAUGAAAAGAGAUACUUUUUUUUAUUAAAGCGGUGCAAUUAGGUAUUGUUUGUUUUCAUGAAUAAGAGGGUACAUGUUAAUUUUAUUCAAACGUUGCGCCCAUACUUUUUUCACUGACUACCGUACGCCUUAAAUGGUACUGUCUAGUCAAUAUAAUGUUUGUAGUGUCGUUUGUAUGUUGAUUACCCAAAAGGGACUGGAAAUUAUCUCUAAGCACAUGUUAAUUUGUGGAGCUAUACAAAUCUGACACUGAAAUUAUUUCGGGUGAUGAGCAAGAUAUUUUUGUCUUACUUCAAUAAAUAUUUCUAACCUAUAUUACAAUGAGAAUAAGGCACUGAGAUAAAUAUAUACCUUAAAUUAAAAAAAUAUUAUAUUUGUAUGUAUUUUUCAUUAACUAAAAAUAGAUUGAAGUGAGACAGAAUGUUUAUUGUCCAAAUGUAUACGGAUUUCUUUGUUAUUUCUACUAUUGUAUGUAUUUAGGAUUUCAUUCCUUUAAAGACUUAAGUCUGAUAUUUGUUUGUGCAUUUUAAGAAAAUCUGCGUCGAAUGUGAUAGAUUGGUGUGCACUGUGUCGUAGAUGUAUAUUGUGUGCUUAGUUUUGGGGUAAAAUGUUGCAUAUUAUGUCAACUUAAGGUUGUGUAUUAAAAAUUAAGGUUCAAAAAUUCCCUGCGCGCGCGCGGUUUUGUGAAUUUAUUCAAGUAUUAAAUUAUAUUGUCCAACAUGACGUGUAUAUGAAUCUCACUCCGAGAUUUCUAAGUAAUUAUUAAUUCUUAUAUGCUUGUCGUUGUACAAAUUUAAAAGGAAAUUAAUAUAUGUACGUUUGUAAAUAUAUCUCCCUCGUAAUAACUUGUAUUGCAUGUUCAAGUAUUGCAAGCAUAUAAGAUGUUUCUCAAUUCUGAAUUCAGGUUAUGCUUUAUUGGGAAUGCAUUCAUUUUAUUCCUAUGCAAUAUUAGUUAUAAGUGUUAUAUUGUUUUUUACGGUUUAUUUAUGAUUUGUGAAUUGGAGAGCAGUAAACAUCCGGAGCUAAGCGGCCUAUUGACGAGCCGCAAUCUUGUUUUGUAUCUACCUCGUUAGCUCAUACGUAGUCCUAGUACUAGUAUGUCCUAGACUUUCUUUUACCUUGUAUCGUAUAUGUACUCCGAGCCAUACUCGUUUAUUAAUCUCUUAUGAUAAUCCAUAAACUGCCUAAAAGAAAUGCACAAAUAUUUUUUGAACCGUUCGCGGACUCGUCAAUAGACUCUAGCGACUCGAGAGAGUCAAUAUUACCAAAGUAAAGUUAUUACCGCCACGUCUUCCGUUCCGCGUGGAACAAACGACUAAUACGAAACUAGUCGAAAGGUACUCCCCACGACUGAGACAGCAGUUCACACAAGGUUUGGAGGUUAAUUUAAUCUCGUUUUGUUUUUGUUUAUUACUGUUCUAUUCAAGUGUAAAUAUGUGUCGAAUUAAGGAAUAAAGUGUAAUAUAAAGUAAAGCGGG